GGCAUUUUUUUUAAGGUAGUUAUUAUAAAAGUUCUUAGCCAUUACAAAGCGGAGUUCGCCCUAUUUUUCUCUCAGGCACAUCCCCAAGAUCGCCGCUCCUACCUUACUCCGAUCAGAUCUCAGCUCCCAUUUGUGCAGUUUCUCUCCGUUUUCCAUCUUCCGGCCACUCGCCUUGUCAGUGUUGACCCUUCCUCCGGCCUUUUGGCCGUGAGGCGGGGGUCGACGGGACUAUUUUGUGCUCUGCGUUUCCACAAAUUUCUUAGUGUCUCCCUCAAUUCUCGACAUGUUCAUUGCCGCCUCUAUGUCGUAUUGUCCUGUUAGUCUUGGUGUCCCUCCUCUAGGCGCCUCUUUGCCUCGCUGCUUGUAUCGUGGCGACUCAUUGUCUUUGGUCGCUUCCCUGUCCUGUGGUUUGGUUAGACCUUCCUCCACAUCUCCAUCUCUACCCCAUGGCGCUCGGUUUUCCGGAUACUUCUCCGACACCGCUUUGCUUACCGGAUACUCUUCUAGUGUCUCUCAGCUUUCCCUUGAGGCAGCUCCUUCCCCGGUAGUUCUUUGCAGGUCUUUUACUUGUCUUGACUACCUAGGUUUCUCCGCCGUGUAUCCUUGCUCUAACGCCCCAGAUCUAAACGUCAGUCACUGCCGAGCUUCAGUGGACGUUCUAGGACCUAUCUCGGAGAGAUCCUUCGUUUCCUUCUCCUACCUAAAGGAGAACAUCAUCCAACAAGCAUCCUUGAUUCCAUGGCUUUUAUGUUGUGGCUCCUGUGUUGCGCGGCCAGCCUUUGUACUGGUAGGAUGUUCUUCAGAGAACUAUUUCUCUGUUGGUUUUAACGGCUCAUCAAAGGGGUGCUUUUUCACCUCUCUUUCGAUAGCUAACUCUCGGAUUGUGUUGUUUGCCCUAGUGGCCGACUCAAUCAUGUGCAACAAACAUCUUUGUGUGUUCAUUGUUGUCCAAAGCGUCUCACUUAUUGGCUCUAGUGUUAUCAUGGUUCGAGGACUUCACGAUGACGUAUAUUGUUUAAGUGAUAGAUUUGCUUUGAUUUAUCUUUCUAUCUACUUUUACCAUAUGGAUUGCUUUGCGUUUGUUGCAGCGAGUUUGAUAACUUUGAAGACUUUUGGCCUCCCUCCUUUUGUAACAUUUCCCUCUGUUGAGGAUGUUUAGUAAUUUAAAUGUUGGUGCACAAAAUAAAAACUCUAGGCAUUUUUAUUAAAUUUUUAUAUUUAAAAUUAAUUAAAAGUUGUAAAUUAGUUUCA